CUCAAUUGGCAGUUGUUUCAGGAAAGUUACAAUAUUAAAGCAGUAACCAUGAGACUUGAGACAAUUUUAAAAAGUUCCAUCCUUUUUGUGAAUUUAAUUGUUUUCAUCCUCUUGCUUUAUCAAGGACAAAGGACAAACUGUCCUUAUAAGGAAGAGCUGGACUUGAGACACUUUCUAAAUCAGGAUGUUGGAGAACUACAAGCUUGUUCUGCUAUUAUCCGAGGAGACACGGAUGGAGCGGACAAGGAGGUUUUCAGGAAGCUCCUGGCCUCUAAAAAAAGAAAAUCCCUGCUAUCAGAGUCAUUCUAUCUCAACGCAACCAAGGAUUGUCCAUCCUACAUCCGAGACAGAGGGUUUCUGACUGUUUCUCUCAGUAAAGAGGAGAAAGAUUUCCCCAUUGCUUACUCCAUGGUGAUCCAUGAGAAGAUCGAGAUGUUUGAAAGGCUCCUGAGAGCCAUUUACACUCCUCACAAUGUGUACUGUGUUCACGUGGACCAGAAGUCUCCUGAGAUCUUUAAAGAAGCAGCAAGAGCCAUUGCGUCCUGCCUGACCAACGUGUUUGUGGCCAGCAAAAUGGAGAGGGUGAUUUACGCCUCCUGGUCUCGAGUUCAAGCAGACAUCAACUGCAUGCAAGAUCUGCUCAAGUCACCUGUCCAGUGGAAGUAUCUGCUCAACACCUGUGGUACUGAUUUCCCCAUUAAAACCAAUGCAGAAAUGGUCCAGUCUCUAAAACACCUGAAUGGAAAGAACAGUUUGGAGUCCGAGGAUGUAAAGGGCAAAAAUUGGCGCUGGCAGUAUCAUCACAAUGUUACGAACGUUGUGACUCGGACAGAUGUCAAAAAGUCACCUCCACCAAUACAGAGCCCCAUGUUCGCAGGAAAUGCUUACUUUGUGGUUUCAAGAGAGUUUGUGGAGCACAUCUUCAAAAGCAAAGAGAUUCAAAACUUAAUGGAAUGGGAGAAAGACACGUACAGUCCAGAUGAGCACAUGUGGGCUACGUUACAGCGAAUGCCUUCAGUACCAGGAUCCAAUCCUCCAAACAUCAAGUACCAACAAUCGGACAUGAACGCGAUUGCUCGUCUGGUGAAGUGGAGCUACCAUGAAGGAGAUCUAAAGAGUGGUGCUCCUUACCCACCAUGCACUGGGACACACAGACGGGCAAUUUGUGUCUAUGGAGCUGGGGACUUAAAAUGGAUUGUGCAGCAACACCAUCUUUUGGCAAACAAGUUUGAUCCAGAAGUAGAUGAUAUAGCAAUCAAAUGUAUGGAGGCUUUUUUAAGGUACAAAGCUAUUUAUGGUCGAUCAUUACUAACAGUUCAAAAAUCUGACAUUAUUUUAUGAUGUUUUUUUUUAAUAACAGGUUCGGAAGCUCUCUAUAUAUUUCCAUAAAUAUUUAGGAAUCUUUUUAUGGAUAUGACAGUACAGUAAAUGUAACAAAGUAUAAUAUAAAUAUUUGUGUGUCCUAAGAUGGUCAAUAAUAUUAAUUGGAUGGUGCAAACUGUCAAAUACUUUAAAUUAAAACUUUAAAUUGCAUUUGUAAUUUUUGCUUUAGAAGCUCUCUUUGUUAUUUCCUAAACAUUUACAUUUAAUAUAAACAUAAGAAAUAAGGAUCUUUGCAUGAUCAGUGUGUGAUAUUGUGCUCUAAAAUAUUAAAAAUGUAAAUUUAUGUAAAUACUCAACGUAUUGAUAAACAUAUGCAUAUAUAACAUUUAUAGGGGUCAUAUGAUGCUAUUUGAAAGAUAAUUAUUUUGUGUAUUUGGUGUAACAGAAUAUGUUGACGUGCUUUAAUGUUCAAAAAAGACAUUCUUUUUUCAAAUACUGUACAUUAUUGCUGUUCCUCUAUGCCACACCUCUCUCAAACACAUUGUUUUCUACAAAGCCCCUCCUUCCAACAAGCACAGUCUGCUCUGAAUGGCCAGCUGAGCCGAUGCAUUGUGAUUGGCCGAAC